AUGAUUGCCGAGUGCGUGCGCGUGGUCAGCGACUCGCUUGCGCAGGAUCCGUCGGGGUGGAGCAUCGGGGACCGCUCUCAGCUUCAUCAAUGGCAGCUCUGGCUUUCCCUGGAACAUGGCGCAGAUGCGCAGCAGUAUCUUCUGUCCGCGUCCCAGCGCCAGCUCUGCUGCGCCGCCUUGCGGGAGGAGCCAACUACCACCUCGAAGCUGCACCUUUCCGUCUGGGCUGCCAUCCUCGGCGUCCGGUCCGGGUCUACGAUGGAAUACGUCGAGCCGCUCACCGGCUACUCUCUCGACUUGGCGCUUCCCUCGUCACGCAUCGCGAUCGAGGUGGACGGCCCGUCUCACUUCCUGCUGCCUGACAACCGCAAACCUAACGGACCCACGCUGCUCAAGCGGCGCCUCCUCACGGCGGCCGGCUGGCGGGUGAUCAAUGUUCCGUUCUACGAGUGGGAGGGCCAGAAGACAGACGGUGAGCGGCACGCCUACCUGGAGAAGGCCCUCGCGUGGGCCGAGGCACAGGAGGCGACAGCGAAGCCUGACAGCCCUUUGCCGUCGGCAGUCGCGCCACAUCCUCCAGCUUCUAAGGCUGCCUCCUCCUCCAGCUUCCGUGGCGACGGACCGGAAUCGUGUCGCCUCAGGGAGGACGCAGGCCCACGCGCAGCCCUCACCCGAGGCAGCGUGCUGGGGGAGCUGCGCCGCGAGAGAAGAGAGGCGGCCCAGCUGUCCACAUAA